AAAAGAUGGCGGGCGGUUUUGAAGUUCCCUCAAACCUCCACGUGAAAGACUAACUGAUUGCUAACAUCUUUUGAGUAUUUGUUAAGCAUAAUCCACUAAAGCAUAAAAUAUGUCUCAAAACGGACUAAAUGGAGAAGUCAAUGGACAGAAAAAAGAUACAAAAUGGUUCACUGAAGGAGAGUUGCUAUGGAGAACAGGAGCCAGUGUAGUAUGGUUAAUUCUCUGUCUCCCUUGUGCUCUGCUGGUCUUUGCUGGAGUUGUUUCUGUGAAUAUUUUUCAUCCUAUAACAUGGCUAUCAGAUAUCUUUGGUACAUUAAUUGCUGCCUAUUUUUGGUUUGUUGUAAUUUUCUAUGGCAUCAUAACUGGACUUCUUGCAAUAUCUAACAACAAGUUCAACUCAGUUCAAGAUGUCAUUCACAAAAACAGGAUUUCCAGCCUGCUAUUCCUGGUUUAUCCUCCUCAUCUCUUUCACAUGUUCCUGUACAGUGUGGGUGGAAUGUUCUCAACUUGGUUCUUGUUGAGCAUCAAUAGUCCACCAUUUGAUUCUCUGACAACCUUCAAAUCUGAAUCUGAAGAGGAAUGUUUCCUUAAUGAACAUGGAGUAUUUGUCCUUACUUUUGGGGGAUGGCUGCAAAGAAAAUUCUUUAGGAUCAAGGCAUUUAUUUGGCCAUGUAUUUACAAAGCUGUAGUUUUAACAUUCAAGGCCUUGAGGUGGUACUAUCUACUGUAUUAUCUGUUUGGUAAUAUUCCUAAGAAUCUGAUUGCAGGCUUCCUAGUAGCUACUAUUGACAGAAAUUCAGUGGCAAUAGACUCUAUUGCUGGACUGUUGAACCUCAGCUUGCUAUGGGUGGUAUUUUGUCAAGGAAUCCUGCUAUCAUUUGUCUGGAUUUUAGGCAACAAUCUCUUCAUAAUAUUUAAUACACAGGCCUAUCAGUUUCCAAUUGAGUCACCUGUUACACAGAAUAAGGAUAAAUGUCUUCCUGUCGUUAUCAAAACAAAAAGUGUGCCAUUGUUAAGGUAUCUUGCUUUCCUGGACCUCUGUCAGCUCUCGCAAUUUAGCAGCACAAGAAGAAAGCAAAUAUUUUGUCUCACACAACCAGGCGGAAGGCCUGCGAAUUGGUCCAAUAUUUCCGAAGAAUGUCUCGCCAUGCUGAAUGCAUUCACUGCCGAUAUGAACUCACUGAUGGAAUACCAGACACACCAAAGACAACAGAACUCUGAACCAUGGAUGUAUGCAAGAACACCUACUAAUGGACCUCUUGGCUCUUUUGCGUCACCUACUUUUACGAACACUCCCAAGGGUAUUACUCCACCAACACCACUGAAUUCUACAACUCCCAGGCCUAGACUUUGGUCAUCUGUUCGAGAGGAAAGCAGUGCAACUCAACGUUUCUCUUCUCCAAGAGAUACUUCUCUUGUAUCAAAAAAUACUCCUCUUCAGAAAAGUGUUAUUCCUGAGAAUAAAAAGGUGGAUGCUUUACCAUGGAGAAUAAAACAAAUCCCUCACCAUUUUGCAAAUUUUAUGAAGGACAGGCCAGUAAUUGGAUACCUAUUCAACGAGAUUCCUGGAUCUCGUGCUGAGGCAUUGUUCGUAGACUGUCAGCUUCAAAUUUGGGCUGUACAAGGGGUUCCAUUAUGGACCCUCCCAGAUAUCAUGACAUCAUUGCUUGCCUUGCUACAGGCUCUUGAUCGCUACGCCAAGUUUYCUACCGCUGGUUACCAGGCUUCUGCUAUCCAGGCAAGGCCUCCUCGUCCACGUGGUAAAGAAGGAAUGCGUUAUAACCUGAGAGCAACAUUGGUCUCUUCUAUCUAUCACAUUACUAACACUUUUGGCCAACACUUGAAUGGCAUUCCUCUAUCUCACGAACACCGAAGUAGACUACAAACCUUCAUGGAAAAUCGAGAAUAAGUAAAAUAUAUAUAAAAUAUACUUCGCUUAAAUAAUAUACCUUUCUCACGUGGCAGCCACAUUACAUCCAUAGAAAGAAACCUUAGUUUCUUACCAAAAGUGUACCAUUGACCUCGAUUUCAUAACCAAAUAUGACGAGAAAGAAUCCCGUGACUAAUUAGAACGGACCGCGCGUCUCGAAGUGUUAAUAAUGUUAAUCAUUAUCGGGAACAAAAAGCUUGGAGUUCGAGGUACUUUUGAUCCGGUAUUUACCUUUUUUUUGUAAUCAUAUAUAUUGUUUGUGAGUGUAUUCCGCGCUGCCACUGAAGCGUCGUUAGAGUUGAUAUUGCAGUGCAUUGUGGGGCUGUAUUAAGGUACGCCAUCUUGGAAAUAUGUCUCCUAAAACAGCCCCACAAUGCACUGCAAUGCCAACUCGAUCCAGGUUUUUGUUCAACCUCGGAACGACUAAUAAGGUGGAAAAAAAUAAUGACUAGAGUUUUUUCUACUGCUGUGUAUGAUAAGCAUGUGCUACUGACGACUGACAUUACUGAUAAUGGGGGCUGAAGGUGACAAACUCUUUCACCCUCCCUCCCCCUGGCUUCCACACUUCUAAGUGAUCUACACUCUUGAUGAAGUUUAGAAUGCUAUAUUUACAAUGUAAAAAUAUAAAUAAUCAGGAAAUUACACAAAUAUGUUAGUUUCA